AUGGCCAGGGAUACGAAACUCCACGGAGUCAGGGAACUGGCCUCCGCUAUGAGGUCUCGAAGGAUCUCCUCCGUCAUCCACGACCUCCCAUCGUGGAUUAGGCCCGUAGGCGGCGUACGACUCGGCAUCUUGAUUACAUCCGGGAUGCCCUCGAGUCUCGCUUGGCCUGACGGCCCCGCUCCUUCGUCUUCAUCAGAGUCGGUUUCGUCACCGGAGUCAUGCUCUUCUCCCCUCUGUCACUCUCUCAGCCUCUUCCCGACGCUCGGCUUCGGCGGCGACUCUCGCCGCUCCUCCAUCUCGUCAUCUCGACCACCUUCUCGGCCUCGGCAGCAGCCGUCGCUUCAUCCGCCACCGUCUUCCUGCGACGCUCCGCCGCAUCCGCUUGGAUGGCUCCACCAAGAAGCCUCUCCGGACGAGCGGAGGAUCGCGUCUGACGCGCAAUCGAAGCAAUCGUCUCAUCGCCGUCAUCCAUGGCGAUGCCCUUUCCCUUUCUGUCUUUUGGAUUCAUCUCAAUUGAAUGAAGGAUCGGAAAAACUCGACGACCGAGACGAAAUAUUUGACGAAUCGAAAACCCUAAAACCCGAAUCGGCGGAUGAGAAGACGAAAUCGGAGCGCAACCUAACUAGAUCCGAGCAAUUCGUAAUUCCCUAG